UAUUGAUCGAUCUUUCAGUUUGACACUUUGAAUUGAAAUCAUCUUUGCUGUUCGUUUCGGUUAUUUUGCGUUUCUAUUAUUUCGAAUUUUAAUUAAAGUUAUAAUAAUGGAUUAUAGUACUACAGGUGCAAUGAGGAGUCCGUUUUCACCUCGAGUGAGGCAGUCUAUCACGGGACGAAGGCCUAUUUCGCUUUCGUCAGCAAAAAAGAGCCAAAGUAAAUUAAUGCAGUCUACGGGUGAGCCAACUGGUGAUGUAGUGUAUAAGACUCCAGUUACCACUAUAGAAACAUACGGAAUGCCCCUCCCUGUGAUGGUCACAGAAGCCUUAACGUUUGCGAGUGGUGAAGUGAGUGUCCGCCUGUCUGCGUGUGGGUGGUGCUGGGCGGUGUCGGGGCGGCGCGUCAUCGCGUGGCCGCGCACGGCCGCCGCGCCCGGCGCCGCCACCAGCACCGUCGCUCGGGAACUGUCACUGCCACAAACUGAUCUCGCACACAAAGCAGAUUUGGUUGUACUCUUUUAUACUGCCGGAGCUCAGAUGCCAUCUUGCAUUGGAGUUUCUCCUGAGGGUACAGUUCGUUACUGGCCUUCAGUGGGCCAAGAGGGAGUGUACGUAGAUGUAUCAUGUGAACUGGCUGGCCAGGAGUGUGAGAAGCUGGGAGACUACACACCCGAGGGCAUAGUGCUGGCCACUACCACGUGUACUGUAGUAUUGCUCAAUCCAACUGAAGUCGAUGGACGCGCAACAGUGACGUGUCGUACUCUGCGGCCGCCCAGUGGCUGGCUCGGCGGCAUCGGGCGCCGCGUGUCGCUGCUGUUCUUCGGGUCCAUGCCUGCACAUGCAGAUACGAAGCUGGUGGGCGUGGUGGUGCUGCCGGGCGAGGCGGGCGGCGAGCCCAGCAUCGCGCUGGUGUCGCGGGGGCCCGCGCUGCAGCUGUGGCGGGGGCCCGACCUGCACGAGCACUCGCUGCGCCGGGCCCUGGGGGACGCACACGCACGCACACACCUCCCGCCGCACGGUGACCCGAACAGCCUCGAGAUCAUGGCCCUGGAUGUUAGAGCGAGUGGGAACAACGGUCUGCUUCUACUCAUCGCUAUUGUCAAUGUCGCUCGCUCACCAGAAAUGAGAUACGGCAUCGCGCACGUGUGCGUGGAGGACGCGAGUGCCCCGCGCGUGUCGUGGUUGGUGCUGGCGCGGGGCGUGGCGGCCGCGCCCCCGCUGGGCCCGGCGGGGGCGGCGGGGGCGCCAGAGGAGGCGCGCGCCCCCGACGAGGCGCCCCGCUUCCUGCCGCUGCCGCAGCGCGCCCUGCUCUACACGUCCAAGUACAUCGCGCUCGUCUCCACAACAAUGUCGAACGACAAAGUGGAUUAUAUAGACGUAUCAUCAGAAGGUGACAAGUUGUUAGGAGCCGAGCUGUGCGACGGAGUACCGCUCCUGUUCAGUCUGAAACACGGCGUGCUGGCCCUCAGCCAGCCCGACGCCAUGCACAACACUCCGUCGAUGUGCGAGAGUCCGAUGGGGUCGCCGUGUCCGUCCGACAUGUACGACGGCAACCUGUCGCUGUACGAGAUAGACCCGCACGAGGUGGCCGCGGUGGCGCGCGACGCGGUGGGGCGCCUGAAGACUGCCUUCCUGUUCCACGUGCGCCGCGACGCCGCCGCCAGCGCCGCGCUGCUGGCCGGCCUGCUGGCCGCGCCCGCGCCGUCCGCGCCGUCCGCGCCGCGCGACGUGGACGCCGACCUCGACCGCGCCGUGCUGCGCAUCGCCUGCGACAUGCUGGACGACGUGCCCGCCGGGGACCCCAGGUGGAAGCAGCGCGGCGGGGCCACCACCGACAUCUGCCUGGGCAGCUCGGCGGCGCUGCAGCUCGAGGCCCAGCUGCGGGACAAGCAGCGCGCCUUCGCACUGUUCUGCGACUUCCUGCGCAGCGUGGGCCUGUGGCAGCGACUGGGGCUCGUCACCACUGAGUCGGGAAGUGUCGUCAGUACAGAGAAUGCACUGGGCGAGCUGGCCGACCUGCUGAGUAUGGCUAUCGCGUUGAGGAAGCUGCAGCAGGGACCGGACGCGCAGCUCAUCGACGCGGCCAUCAACCAGGUGGUGUGCGGGGACGGCGCGCUGCAGGACGAGCCCGAGCUGGAGGCCGCGCUGGCCGGGGGCGCGCUGGCGCCCAGCGACGUCUGCUACCGCCGCGUCACGCGCAUCGCACGCGUGCUGCGCGCCCUCGCGCGCGCCCCCGCCCCGCCGCCCCGCGCCGCCGCGCUGCAUGCCGCCGCCACGCUGCGCGCCUUGCUGGCGGCAUGGGCGCGAGCCCCGCGCCAGCGCCCGGCGCCGGCGUUGGGCCCGGGCGCGCUGCUGCCGGCGCUGGCGGCGCUGCCGCGGCGGGCGCUGGCGGCGGCGCGCGAGGCGGAGGAGGCGGCGCUGCGGGCGCCCGUGGCGGAGGCGGCGGCGGCGCUGGCCGACUGCGUGCUGUGGGACGCGGAGGCGCUGGCCGCGGACCCGGCCGCGCGCAGCGUGUACGAGCGCCUGCGACGGGACACCAUACAGCCCUUCGUCGACGAAGGACAGACGGAGCGCGCCGCGGCCCUCGCUGAAAAGUUUAAGGACUUCGAGCUCUUGAUAGAAAUGUGCAUCAACAACAAUGAUUUGGAAAGACUGUACUCGUACAUCGAGAAAUAUUCAAAUGAGGGGUUCGCGGAGCGAGUGUUCGCGCGGCUGUGCGAGCGCGGGGGCGCGGGGCGCGCGCUGCUGCUGCGCGGGCUGGGGGCGCGCUGCGGGGGCGCGCUGGGCGCGUGGCUGGGCGCCGCCCCCGGGCGCGCCCCGCUGCGCGCGCUGGCGGCGCUGGGCGCGCGCCGGCCGGGCGCCGCGGCCGCCGCGCUGCUGGCCGCCGCCGACAACGAGCGGGACUCCGUGGCGCGCCUCACGACGACGGCGUCCCUGGGCAAGCUGUGCGCGGUGGCGGCGGACGACGAGGAGUCCCCCCUGGCGCGGGCACUGGACGCGCGCCUGGCACUGGCCGAGCAGCACCACGCCCUGCCGCGGGCACUGCGCAACCACCACGGCCUGCCGCACGGGGACUGUCCCGUGCUGCCGGCCGAGGAUCUCAUACAGAUGUACAUCGACUCGGACAGCAAGGAGCUCACGGAGUACGACUACAAGAAGGCGCUGGACCUCACAGACUUCGUGCAGGACAUGGAGAGGCGGGACGACCUGCGGCUCAGGGUGUGGUGUGCGUGUAUCCUGGCCGACGAUUGGUCGUCGUGUCGCGUGGAUGCGCCGGCGCAGGAGCUGUCCGACAAGAUGUUCUUCCGGCUCAUUGACCUCGUGCAUCUCAUGGGCGCGGACCUGCAGCUGCUGCUGCCGGCGGCGGAGGACGUGCUGACGGCGCCGGAGCUGGCCGAGCUGGCCGGGGACCCGCGCGUGCACUACCUGCUCAAGUACGGGUACCAGUGUCUCGGACACGACCACGCCUGACCGCGCGAUAUUUUGUUAAGUAAAUACAUUUGUAAUGAAACAACAACAGACAUUGUAUUGUUGUUAUCGUCUUCAACAUCGUAAUGUCUAAUAAUUUAGAUGUAUGGUAAUAGCUGAGCGUAGCAGCGGUAGCUAUGUCAUAAGUAUAAUAAUAUUGUAGCGGAACAUACACAUACACACUGAGCUCGUGCUGCAUCCUAAGUGUACAGAGCUAUGCAGCGCAUCUUGAGUUUGAUUUCAUUUUGUUUUUAGAAUGUUAGAAAAUAUUUUUUUAUAACAUGCAUUCAAUACACCUAAUUACGUAGUUGACAAGGGCCAAACUACCAACAGUGGAAAUGGUAUAGAUGAAAUAAAUAAUAGAUAAGUUAGUAUAGUGCAUAAGUAAGCUAAGGGUUCCCACUACGGCUGGGUUAUCGAACCGCGUCCGACUGACAUCCCUGACUCGACCUACACAUGGAGCCGAGAGUGUCAGUCGCAUUGCAACUACUAUAACUCACCAUUCGAUGAUGUACGUGCAGACUGAUCUAGAUUGUAACUAGUGUUAGGGCGGAGCUUGUCUACAGGAGUCCGGGGGCCUCUACUCCGCCGGCCAUACUCGCGCCGGUACUGUCCGCUCGGCCUCGGCCCGUAGUGCGCAGAGAGAACUGACAUAACGAAAGAAGGUGAAACUCACAUCACAUCACCAUUAGCCAUUGUUCAUACAUUUGAUUGGAGUGCCCUCGCAUUAUUUGUAGAUAAACUCCGAAACAAAAAUAUCUAAUGUAUGCUUAUUAUUUAAUAAUGUAAGUAUACUAAUAUACGUAGUUACGACUUGCUGCGAUAGUUCGUGGCGACUACAGUACGGUGCAACUAACUUACUACUCCGUACACCACUCGAGACUUGAUGGUAAACUUGUUAGAUAAAUGUGGGCAAAUUCUAAUUAUAUACAUAUUUUAUAUUGGAAUAUUGUGUAUCUCCCGUCCGACACGGACGUUGUACUGAUUAAACAACAGUCUGAAGCCGCAAAUCACGGAGAGCAAUAAAAUGUAAAACUUGAAGACUGUUUCCUUUACAAGUUAAAGUUUCAGCAAUAGUAAGUAUAUUUUUUUAAUGAAUGGAGUUAUGAAGUGUGAAUGAGUAUUGAUGAAAGUAGUAGUGAGUGCAAGCGGUCGGGGCUCGCGUCGGCCCACACUUUAUGUAGUCGGUAGUUUCUUAGUUCUCGGUAAUAAUCUGCAAGGUAUAACAAAAAAUAUUUAAACUUCAAAAACUAGUGCUUAGCCCUGUGUAAUUGUACUUACGUCUUAAAAAGCUUCCACGCUGCUCCAACAUAAUGAAAUAAUUAAAGAUUUUUGUGUAUGUGUAAUGAAUAUGUUGUUGUUUACUUAUUUGACAUGUCUAAACCUUAACAACAGCUUAUGUGUAUUAUCAUUUCUGCAAAACAGAAUUAUGUAAAUAUAGUGUAUUGUUUAAUUGUGAUUAAUCCUUGUUAUGUUAAAAGUUAUCUUUAAAUAAUAUUGUUGGUGUGAUUUUGAUUUCAAUAAAAUUUGUAAAGAAAA